CAACCAAGAAUUUAAAAAUUGAAGAUUUGGGACUGAUGCACUGUAAUGUGAAACUGGUGUAAGCUUUGUUUGUUUUUAGUUUUAAGUGAGUGGUCACAGUUGUUUCAUUGUUUGAUUAAAAAGCAUGUGAGAGAAGAUCAUGCCAUAUAUGGACUGUAGUUAGUGUUUAUUUUCCAUCUCAGUCGUUGUUUGGAAUAUGUCUUGGAAUUAUUUUUUUUCUCGCACAUGGGGAAUUAACAAUGGCAUUCUAAAUGGAUAACUCUGUGGGCUGACAAAAAAUUUAUUUCAAUUGAUAUCAUUGCAGUUACACAGACAAAAUCAUAGACCAUCUCAGUGGAAUGAAUCUCCUCUGCCAGAGUUUAAUGAUAUUUUUUGAGUGGAUAAGCUUCUGGGUGAAGCGUGGACUCAUGAGAGUUUGGAGAGUUUUUCCAACACUCAGCCCUUGGACAGCAACAUCAGGUGUCACCAAUGAAGUUUCGUAUCAAGCAGAAUCAGAGGAGUGGAAAACCAGUGAGGAACGCCGCACUUUUAUCCUUGGAGACAAAGAUGUAACCAUGGUUACAGUCCAAACCAGCACCCAUGCUUUCUAUGUAGACCUUAGAAAACUUUCAGACUGCAGUGAGUACUUCCAAGCCUUGUCUCAGUCCACAAUGAAGGAAACAUCUGAAAACCUCAUUCACCUGGAUCACGUGUCUUCCUCAAUCUUCUACCAUCUCCUGGAGUUCUCUUUCCAUAAUCGAUUUAAAGUUCCUCAGGAAGAAUUGGGUGCACACAUCCAGGUAAGAGAAUCAAAUUUCAAUGUGGACUGUGCUGAUACAAUGCUGUGUUUUAAUACACCACUGUCGUGCGUUGCCCUUUUUGUGUUUUUUGAGGUCAGCAGCUACCUUCUGGCUGAGGCUUUCCUCUCAAAAUGCCUGUUAGUCCUGGCAAAGCAACUUAGCCCCGAUAAUUGUUUGUUCUACCUGAAUCUGGCUCAAGAGAUCUGCUGUGAGGAACUUAGGGCCACAGUGUUCACCUACCUGAGUAGAAAUUUACUGGAGUUGCCUCACCUUAUCAGCUGUCUGGACAGUGACAAUGUGAAGGAACUUAUCCGUCUGAGGACACAAGGAGACCAGUGUCUAUGCAGCUUGAGAAAGGAGAAUCUGACUUCUUGGGAUGACCCAGAAACUGAACGCGCCCGAUACAUUUUCACCCUGAACACGUCGGAGAUCGGCAGCCAUUGGCAGCCUGUGUCCGAGCUUCCAUUCCACGCUGAUAAAUGGUGUUUCACCACAGUGGUCCUCUUUAACUACCUGUACAUUAUAGGAGGACACAGACAGCAUGUGAGGAAAGCCUGGGAGUUCAAAAUGGCUUCCUUUAGGUAUAAUCCGUUCACUCUCACGUGGGUGGCCACAGCCCCUCUAAUAAAGCGCAGAAGGCACUUCAGCGCCGUGGCAUGUGAAGGCUGCAUUUAUGCUUUGGGAGGCUGGUACUUGGGCUCACUUGUAACUCCAGACUCCAGCACAGCGCUCUAUACUGCAGUAGAAUGCUACAAUCCAUGGACUGACACGUGGAGAUUUGUCUCCUCACUGCCAAUCACAGACUUCCAGUUCACCAUGUCCUUGUCCCAUGAUGUGCCACUUGCCACUAGCCUCGGACACUGUGUCUAUGUGUUAGGAAGCAUCCAGAGGACUGGAGAAAAACUGCUACUGCAGUAUAACACAAGGCAAGACUCGUGGUGUGAACUGCUUCCCACCCUAACCAGGACAGAUGCUAACCUCAGUAUCCUUUACUUCCUGGGUGCCACUGACAGGCUGUUUGUAAUUGGUGGAAACAAUGCUGAGAUUCUGCUGACAUCAUUCUGUGUGCGAACACAAAAAUGGGGAAAGGUGCACAGAGCUGACAAAGCAGCAUUUGCAGGCCAGGGGACAGUUUUAGGUGACCAAGUCCUUAUGCCAAGUAUUGAGCACAACACAGUUGCAAAGAUGGAUCUCCAAACUCUCUCCAUGUCGGUCCUUCCUCCUUUUCCUGUCUCUGCCCACUAUGAGGCCAUCUUUCAUCUUCAUUUUUGAAGUCGAUGUUUAUGAACAAUUGGUAUUUCUCUGCAACUAUGUCAGGUCUGACAGCAUGCACUGGUUGCGCAUUAUUGCAUCUACCACAAUGCAGAACCACAUAGCAUCCUGGUUGGCAACAACCCAGGGAGACAAUUGAUACAUCCCACGCUUGAAAAUGGCCAUCUGCCACAGUCAGGUCAUCAGCACUGAGGCACCUGCAUGCUUGAGUAUAUACGGAGAAAUACACCAUUUGGCCACAAGACUGUAGCUGAGGUUCCCUUACAACGCAAAUAGCACACCACAUUUGAGUAAUCAGUAAUCCUUGAUUCAACAAUUGUCUGUAAAGAUGUAGUACAAACGAGGACAUUGAGUCAUUGCCUUAGAUCACUGGUUAGCCUCCAUGCAGGUCUCAAAACAAUUAGUGUUAGUGGAAGCACCAGGUCCCUAAAGACUUGGACCUUCAAUUGCUUGCAAAGGUAUUGGCUUAACCAAAUGAUAAUCUUCAAGUUUUAUUUUUUAAUAACACUUUCUAGUCAGAAAAUUUUCAAGUGCUGAAUAUGAACAUCAAAACACAACAUUAAAAAAGAACAACCAUAAAUACAAAUUUCAAAAAUUGUGCAGUGACAGAUUUUCUCUCUAAAUUGUCACAAAGUCCUCAUGGGCAUCUACAGUAGAACCCUUCUUGAUUUAGUUUGCCACAGUCAGAAAAUGUGCAACAUGUGAGACAAUGUGUGAGUGAGUGGCUGACAACACACUUUUCCUUUUUAUAUAUUGGAGAGGAACGGCGCUUCUGGAAGUGGUCGAGGGAGUCCAGCAGCCUCCAACCACGCAGCUCUGCAGCUGGCCCGGCUCCAACUCGCCGUGUAUGCAUGGUCAGAGGGCUGGAAGAGUUCUGUCUGUUAGCAGAGGAAUCGCAAUCCGGAUUUAUCCUGUUAUUUUUGAGGACCACUGUGGAAAUAGUUUAACGCAUUGGCCCGGCCAUGCACGCACAGUCAACGGGCUAAACAACACCUUUACAGCAGCCGAGGAGUGGCGCAAGAUCCAGAUUUAUCCUCUUAUUUUAUUUGUAUUGAGGACCACAAUGGAAUGUUUAAUGCUAUCUUUUGUUUUCAUCUGCAGUUUUAUAUAGUGUAUUGUUGAGACGCAACAGGCAUGUCACUUAUAUCAGUGAAAGUGUUGCCAUCCACACUUCUCGGCCUUUUUUUUUGUUUUGUUUUGCCCUCUAUGGAGCCAUGCUAGGCUUUUUAUUAUUAUUACUUCCAGGGCUCUGCCUUGGAUACAGUCUGGAGUAUUUUCACAGCCUCUUUUCACAGAAUAACAGCAUCAUAGCAGCCCACAGUUAAUACAGAAAAAAGAGGACAUGUCCAUUAUGGACAACCCUUCAAAAUCAGCAGUCAUACAUUAGAAACAGUAGAUGAUUACAUCUAUCUUAGAACAUUGUAUAACAGCAAAUAAGGGAAGUGUAAAAAAUAAACAAAGGUUUUUGCUGUUUUCUAGUUUCUUAGCGCUGCAUGUAUAAAAAAAAAAAGUUAUUGUGUUGUCUGUAUACAUGAUAAUUAAAUACUUUUCCCAAAUCAGUUUGGUAUUGUCCUUUCUUUUUAACUCUUAAGUGCAGAUCAAUG